CAAUUGAGACGUGGAUAAACGGAAGGCUCAUUGCAACGUCAACCAAGCAACAUUUAGACUGUCGUGAGAUGCGUUUAGGAUCACCGAACGCAACAUGUUCAAGGAUGUUUGAAAAGGUAGUUAAGAUCGCCAAUGGUCUGGCGGGAAUAAACAGGAAACGGACAGGAGCUUGGUGAAUCGUAUAGAGAUGAUUUUCGCAUCGGUUUCACUCGUGUCGAUGUCCAGCGCGAGAGAUUGCUGACAAUAGGGAAUGGAUCAAUCAGUCGUUUAACGAGAGCUUCUUUUGAUAGUAGUUUCACGAGAAGAUCAACAGCGAAAUCUCGAGUAUCUCGACGACGGUGAGAUUUGAACGACGAUCAAGUGUAUCGUCCAUUGUUUAAAUGCACCGUCGAUUAACGCCGCGGGAAACAUGGAAAAUGGUACAAAGACUCAACGGAGAAGAGCGGUGGAGAAUCCAGACGAACACCAGGCCAAACGAUCCAGAUGCAUUGAGGAUAAUAAUGAAGUGCAGAGCAAAGAGUAUACAGCUGGGAAGGUGAAAAAGAUUCGCCUUCAUAACUUUAUGUGUCAUGAUGCAUUGGAAAUAACAUUAAAUGAAAAUGUUAACUUUAUCGUGGGACGUAAUGGCAGUGGCAAGAGUGCUAUAUUGACAGCAUUGACUGUAGGUCUUGGUGCAAGAGCAAAUGUAACCAGCAGGGGAACUUCUGUUAAAGAAUUUAUAAAAAAAGGUAGAAGCUCAACUACCAUAGAAAUAAUUUUAAUUAAUAAAGGAGACACUGCGUACAAGCCUGAAAUUUAUGGUGACAUGAUUACGGUUGUACGUACCAUUGGAGCUACCUCAUCGUAUAAGAUUAAAAAUUGGAGAGGAGAAAUUCUGUCUACAAAACGAGAUGAAUUGGAUAAUAUUAUAACAAUGAUGAACAUACAAGUUGAUAACCCAAUAUCCGUUUUGAAUCAGGAUGUUUCAAGAACAUUUCUAAUUACCUCUAGGCCAGAUGAAAAAUAUAAUUUAUUCAUGAAGGCUACUCUCUUAGACGCCAUUGAGAAUAAUUAUAAGGAAGCUCUACAGAUAUGUGAACAAGAGUACGACAAAUUAAAGCAAUAUUCUGCGGCCUUGUCACAAGUAAAAGGAGAAAUAUAUAGAUUGAAGGAAAACAUACAUAGAUUAAAGGAGAUGGAUGCAUCACGAGAAGAAUUAAAUAAUCUUGAAAUGGAACUUUACUGGUCUUUAGCGAUUACAGAGGAAAGCAAGUUUCAUAAGUUACAGGAAAACUUGAAGAUGUAUGAAAAUAAUUUGAAGGAGCUUCAGAAUGUAGAAUUAUCUAUAGGAACAAAGAAUGAAGAAAUUGAUAUAAAAAUCCAAGAAAUAGAGCAAAAAAUUCAGCAAGCAGAAGAGGAAAUAAUAGAUAGCAACGAAGCUUAUAACAGUGCAAAGCAAAAUUAUUCAAUUGCGAAUGAGGCAUACCUUAAUAAACAACGUGAAUGGCGUUCUGCAACAAACAAAAUAAAACGAUUAGAAGAUGAUAUUAAUUUACUGAAAAAGGAAAUUCAAAAGUUAGAAAACUGUAAUGAUGAAGAACACAACAAAAGAAAAGAGAUGAAAGAACGUCUAUCAAAAUUAGAGGAAAAAUUGGAUGAAAUUGAAGCCUCGUUGCGGACUAAGCAAACUGGAUUAAUGCAUUUGGAGAGUGAUAAGAUGCGACUUAUGCAAGAGGUACAGUCUACUAAAAAUGAAUUAGAAAAUUUUAACAGACGUAUAGAUAAGAUCAAAAGAGAUUUAAACGCAGUCGAGCAACAAAAAGAUAAUGCACUUAGUGUAUUUGGGCCAAAUAUUCCGCGUUUGUUGAAGAGAAUUGAAGAGGAGUAUAGAAAAAAUCGAUUCAAGGAAAAACCACGGGGUCCUAUCGGUGCUUUUAUAAAAAUGAAGGAUGCAGCUUGGGCUCCAGCAGUAGAGAAUUUUCUAGGUGCUCGCACUCUUAGCUCGUUCUGCGUCGAUAACCACCAAGAUGCCAAAUUAUUGAACAGUAUUAUGAAGGAAAUCUAUAAUGAUAACAUUCUUCAAGUAAUAUGCAGCAAAUUUUUUAACCAAGUACACGAUGUUAGGCAUUAUUGUACACAAUCCCCACAGUAUUCUAAUCUCUUAGAAGCAAUGGUUAUAGAAGAUUCUGUUGUAGCCAAUUGUUUAAUCGAUCAACGUGAAAUUGAAUGUAUACUUCUUAUACCAACAAAUGACGAGGCUUGCAUAAUAAUGUCAGAUGUGACAAAAGUGCCAAAAAAUUGCAAACAAGCGUUUACACUACGUGGCGACAUAUUCUAUCCCGAUCCAAAUUAUAGGACUUAUGCUGGAAAGUGUGGUAUUCGCGCUAAAUACCUUCAAGUUUCUACUAUGGAAGCGAUGCAAACAUUAAAGGAAGAACUUCAGGUAGCGGAAAACAAAAAACAAGAAGCCAUCGCAGCAUAUAACACUAUAUAUGAAAAAGUAAAUCGUACUAAUUCCGAAUUAGAUAAUAUAACUGCAAUGGCCCGCAAGCUUAGAGCUACACAAAGCGAAUAUACGCAUAUGAUUAAUGAACUGAAGGACAAAAUUGAAUCGAAUGAGGGCACUUCUGCUGAUCUUUUCCGAAACGAAGCCGUAGAAUUGGAAAAGAAGUUAGCGCAGGAAAAUACUGCAGAGAAGUUGUUAGCUCAGAACAUGCGGGAACUUCAGAAGAAUGUUGAAUCUCUUGAUACCAAAAUUAAACGUUACAGAGAUUUGAGGCACAAUAUGCACACAGUGAUCGAUCCUCUUAAGGAUCAAAUAAAAGAAUUAACACAGGAGAAGGAAAGACAUCGACAGGAAUGUUUGCGUGCUACUAGAAAAUUAAAGGAAAUUCGCCAAACUAUACAAUGUACAACAGGUGAAUUGGAAAUACAAGAGAGAGCUACAAAGAAAAUGGUUUCCGAUGCCACUAAAAAAUGCCCUAGGAUAAACACCACUAGAUCAGUAAACGAAAUCAAAACUCAAUUAAAUGAUUUGAGAGAUAAGAUUCGUGAGAUAGAGAACAAACUAGGUUGUCUAGAUGAAUUACAACAACAAUUGAAAGAGAAAGAGCAAAAGUAUGGAGUAAAUAUUGAGUUUAUGUCUCAGUUGAAACAAAGUUUUGAGAAACAUAUUCAACGAGUAAAGCAUCGACAGAAUAUGUUUAUCCAAUUGAGAGACUUGUACAGUGUUCGCGUGCAAAAAUCAUUUACCGAUGUGCUUUCUUUAAGACGAUAUAAAGGAAAUAUAAUGAUUAAUCACGCGAACAAAGUGCUGGAUUUGCACGUAAGUGCGCAGAACGAUAAAAAGAUGAGCAACGAUACCAGAUCGCUUUCAGGAGGCGAACGAUCGUACUCGACCGUCGCGUUUAUCUUAGCUCUUUGGGAUUGCAUUCAGCUACCCUUUUACUUUCUCGAUGAAUUCGAUGUAUUUAUGGAUAAAGUAAACCGGCGGGUGAUAAUGGAUAUUCUUCUGGAUCACGCCAGAUUGCAUCCACAAAGUCAAUUUGCUUUCCUCACACCGUUGGAUACGUCACACAUUCUUGCUGAGGAUUACGUAACGAUUCACCAAUUGCAACCACCUGAAAGAAGAGGCCUGAGUUAGUAGAUAUUCGAAUAUUUAUUUAUUUUCUUUUUUUUCCUAGCAAUUCAUUAAUGUCUUCAUUUUUGUAAGAAAUAGGAAAAUAUUUUGAGUUUUAAUACAACAAAAGAAUUUGCGAAAAUGUUUUGUAGCGAUAAGCGAAAAUAAUUUAUUUGUGUUGUAUUUGUGUUGAAAGGAAAACUUCUUUAUAUGAUUAUGUAUCUUGUAUAUAUAAGACAUAAAAAUAGGAUUUAAAGUUAUACUAAAAUUUAUCUUCUAAGCUUUAGUCUUAUAUGAAAAUGAGAAUUAAACCUAUCUUUUUACACGGUAUACGGUAAAUGUUUUUUAAAAUAAUUUAAUGACUUAUUCAAAUUAUGUUAUGUAUUUGGAAUAUAAGCAACGAAUAAGCGAACGGUAAGUGCCUUCACGACUGUAUCACAUUGUAAAAUACAAUAGUGUACAGAUUUCGUUUUUUUAAUAUAAUAAAAUGUUAUAUCGAAUCGUCACAA